AUGAGUUACGGAGGCUGGAAAUCAGGCAACAUAUCCGACGCUCCAAACCCAUGGAGCUGGAAUAAUUCAUUCCCCCACGGUGGAAGCAACAAUCGAUAUACCUGGUCCAGUAACAGCGGCAACGUCACAUCAACCAACUGUGGCAACACGGUGUCGGAGAAUUGCGGCAAUACGACUACCUACAACAACAGUGGAAACAAGGUCGUCCGGACUGGCAACAUCUCGAGCAAUGGGGGAGAUGCUUGUAAAGGGGGGGAAACCGGUGACGGAACUGUCAUUGAUCGUUCAUCUACUACCACAUCAGACAGUGUUGCAGGUGGGGCCGGUGGUAGUAUUUCCAUCGGCGGUUAG